AUGCCCACAAAAUCAAGGAAAUGGUUCAGGCAGAGACGACCAACGGAUGCGAUUAUGAAGGAUGGUCGUGAUACCGACUUUAUCGUUGCGCUAAUGGUUGUCAGUAUCAUGGGCCCAACUGGAGUGGGAAAGAGCACGUUCUUGAACAAAAUCGCAGGGAAAGAAGUCACCACUGUCGGGCACGACUUGGCCUCGUGUACCCAGCAACUGCAUCCCUAUAUCAUGGAUCAUCCGUCGCUACCAGGCCAGCGUUUGGUCCUCGUCGAUACCCCAGGAUUCGAUGACACCCUCAUCGAUGAUGCGGAAAUCUUGCGCCGUAUCGCCGUGUGGCUGGCAUCCUCCUAUGAUUCCGACAUGAAGUUAGGAGGGAUCCUCUAUCUAUACGACAUCAGCGCGAAGCGGCUAACUGGGUCUGUCCGGCUGAACAUGAAGAUGUUCCGGAAGCUUUGUGGGCGCGAAGCCUACGACAAGGUCAUCAUCUGUACGACAAAGUGGACGAAGAAGAAUGAGGAACAGGCUGCAGCCAAUCAAGAAGAACUCAAAAGGGAGUUUUGGAAGGACUUGAUCGACAAUGGUACGAGGGUAAUGCGAGUCGAUAACACGGAGAAUUCCUAUCGCAAAGCCUUGGAUGCCUUGCUUGAACCGGUUCCAAACCAACCACGAGAUCCGAACACGACCCCACGUUCGAAAGGCAAAGGGUCACGGGCAAAGGGCAGCGCUGAGCGCGUCUUGCGGAUCCAGGAGGAGCUUGUACUGGAGGAGAAGUUGGUGCCGCGUACUGAGGCAGGGAAGCUAUUGAAGUUCUCUCUGUCCGAAAUGUUGGUCAUUAAACAGAAGGAAUUAGCGUGUGCAAAGGAUCCUCAAACUCGAGCGAAGUUGCAGGAGGAUGUCGACUUCCUGAGUCACCAACUCGAGGACCUUCAUGCUUCCUUCUUCAAGAGGUGGUUCUAUCGGCUCUGGCCACUGUGA